GAUAAAAAUAACUAAUAACUACUGUGGAAUUCAUACGUUUUAGAAUUUGUAUCUAAAUACAGUCAACACUUGGAAAAACUAAUGUUAAAGGACGAUAGAACAAGAAGAAUCCCGUUCGAAUGGUGUAUGUUUACUGUCGUGCAGGAAACUAUAGAUUUAUGA